AUGGGAAUACGAAGAACAACAGAGGAGGGACAACAGAGGAGGGACAACAGAGGAGGGACAACAGAGGAGGGACAAGAGAAGAGGGACAACAGAGGAGGGACAACAGAGGAGGGACAAGAGAAGAGGGACAACAGAGGAGGGACAAGAGAAGAGGGACAAGAGAAGGGGACAACAGAGGAGGGACAAGAGAAGAGGGACAACAGAGGAGGGACAACAGAAAAGGGACAAGAGAAGAGGGACAACAGAGGAGGGACAAGAGAAGAGGGACAAGAGAAGAGGGACAAGAGAAGAGGGACAACAGAGGAGGGACAACAGAAAAGGGACAAGAGAAGAGGGACAACAGAGGAGGGACAACAGAGGAGGGACAAGAGAAGAGGGACAACAGAGGAGGGACAACAGAGGAGGGACAAGAGAAGAGGGACAACAGAGGAGGGACAACAGAGGAGGGACAACAGAAGAGGGACAAGAGAAGGGGGACAACAGAGGGACAACAGAGGAGGGACAAGAGAAGAGGGACAAGAGAAGGGGGACAACAGAGGAGGGACAAGAGAAGAGGGACAACAGAGGAGGGACAACAGAAAAGGGACAAGAGAAGAGGGACAACAGAGGAGGGACAACAGAGGAAGUACAACAGAGGAGGGACAACAGAAGAGGGACAACAGAGGAGGGACAACAGAAGAGGGACAAGAGAAGGGGGACAACAGAGGAGGGACAACAGAGGAGGGACAACAGAAGAGGGACAAGAGAAGAGGGACAACAGAGGAGGGACAACAGAAAAGGGACAAGAGAAGAGGGACAACAGAGGAGGGACAACAGAGGAAGUACAACAGAGGAGGGACAACAGAGGAGGGACAACAGAGGAGGGACAAGAGAAGAGGGACAAGAGAAGAGGGACAACAGAGGAGGGACAAGAGAAGAGGGACAACAGAGGAGGGACAACAGAAAAGGGACAAGAGAAGAGGGACAACAGAGGAGGGACAACAGAGGAAGUACAACAGAGGAGGGACAACAGAAGAGGGACAACAGAGGAGGGACAACAGAAGAGGGACAAGAGAAGGGGGACAACAGAGGAGGGACAACAGAGGAGGGACAACAGAAGAGGGACAAGAGAAGAGGGACAACAGAGGAGGGACAACAGAAAAGGGACAAGAGAAGAGGGACAACAGAGGAGGGACAACAGAGGAAGUACAACAGAGGAGGGACAACAGAGGAGGGACAACAGAGGAGGGACAAGAGAAGAGGGACAAGAGAAGAGGGACAACAGAGGAGGGACAACAGAAAAGGGACAACAGAGGAGGGACAACAGAGGAGGGACAACAGAGGAGGGACAAGAGAAGAGGGACAACAGAGGAGGGACAACAGAGGAGGGACAAGAGAAGAGGGACAACAGAGGAGGGACAACAGAGGAGGGACAAGAGAAGAGGGACAAGAGAAGGGGGACAACAGAGGGACAACAGAGGAGGGACAAGAGAAGAGGGACAAGAGAAGAGGGACAAGAGAAGAGGGACAACAGAGGAGGGACAACAGAAAAGGGCCAAGAGAAGAGGGACAACAGAGGAGGGACAACAGAGGAGGGACAAGAGAAGAGGGACAAGAGAAGAGGGACAACAGAGGAGGGACAGCAGAAGAGGGACAACAGAGGAGGGACAACAGAAGAGGGACAACAGAGGAGGGACAACAGAAGAGGGACAACAGAGGAGGGACAGCAGAAGAGGGACAACAGAGGAGGGACAACAAAAGAGAAGGUAA